AUGGUGGAAGUAAAUCCAACAACACCACACGAUCCAAAGAAUCUGCUGGAUGGAGGUGGAAAUCAAUCUCCACCCAAGGCUCUGAGAAAACCUGAAGGCAGACACAGGAGGACCACAAGUAAGGGCCGCCCCCUUACUGUCCAUGACAACUCUAAGAGCAGAGAGGGAAAGACAGCCUCAAGAUCCACAAGAAGGAGUAAAUCCCACCAUAGGGAUGACUCAAUUGCACACUCCAAGAGUGAGUUAGAAAGGAUCCGAGAACAUCUAGAAGACUCUGGACUCUCAUGGAGAAAUUCUAGGGGAGAUGAGUAUACCAUGGUAAAAUACGAAAAGGCUCCUUCACGAGGAAAAAGGAGCAGAAGUAGAAGUCUCACCUCAAGGCGACGUAGAGUUUCUCUCCAAAAAGAGAGAAGCCAAACACCAGAACGGCGAAGGGCUACUUCAAAGAGAAGGAGGAGCAGGGGCCGAAGUUCUACCCCUGAAAAGGAGAGGACUAGAAAACAUCAUAGGGACAGGUACGAGAGACCUGAUUCUGAUUAG